UAUAAUGGGCAAUUUACCAGCGCAGCGCAUAAAGGCUGAUUUUCCAUUCACGUCAACAGCUGUAGACUUAGCCUGUCCUUAUUUAAUAACAGAUCGCCGUGGACGUGGAUGUAAAAUCACUAAAUGUUAUCUGUGUCUAUUUAUAUGCUUAAGAUAUAAAUGUGUCCAUUUAGAAGCUGUGAGCGACUUGUCUAAAGACGCAUUUGUGCUGGCACUCCGCAGAUUUAUCGCCAGGCGCGGCAAACCUGCGGAGCUGUUUUGUGAUAAUGGCAGAAGCUUUGUAGCUGCAGCUAAAGAGAUAAAUGUUUUUUUUAAGUUACAUGAAAACGAUAUAUCAGAUUUUGCAGCUAGUCAAGGUACAAAAUUUAAAUUCGCGCCAGCUUAUGCUCCUAACUUCAACGGCUACGCGGAGGCCGGCAUUAAAAGCGCCAAAUUUCACCUCAAACGAGUUUUGGGCAAUACACACCUUACCUUUGAAGAGCUUUCAUCUCUUUUUAGCCAAGUGGAAGCAAUUUUGAACAGUAGGCCUCUCUGUCCACUCUCCUCCUCCCCUAAUGACUUUUACCCCCUUACUCCCGGGCACUUUCUCAUUUUUAGGCCGCUCACGUCGCUGCCUGCACCGCCACUGCAAGACCGGAACCCGAACCGCCUGGACCGUUUCCUGAGGCUAGAGCAACUACGGCAACACUUCUGGAAGCGCUGGUCGGCAGAGUUCGUGUCCCUACAGCAACAACGCUACAAAUGGCGCGAGAGGCAACGCGAUCUACAACUCGGGGAGCUCGUACUUAUAAAGGAGGAAGGCUUGCCGCCCUUGCUAUGGCGCAUGGGCAGAGUCGUCAAAUUACAUAAUGGAAAGGAUGGAGUGCCGCGCGUAGCAGACAUCAAUACCGCUAGAGGGAUAGUCAAGCGAGCACUCAACCGAAUAUGCCUCUACCUGUACAACAUAGAGAGUCCUGAAAGGGGAUCUUUCAGCGCCCCGGAGUAUGUUAGCGCUCUGGCAACCCAGCCAGCUUCGAACCAACCAAUGAUGUGUGGAGAUGCAGCCCAAGAUGCCAACAAUGUACGGCGAGAUCAGCGGCCAAUCAGAAAGUGCGAUGCUAGAUGCCAUGUUUCGCCUAUAAGACUCAUCCCCAGGCAGCGGACCACUCUCAUCUCUAUCUUGCAAUCUAAUCACCGAUCAGAACGCGCGUGUCCUAGACAAUUAUAA